AUGGACAGUUGUGAUAACGAGUUUGAUAAUAAAAAUCUACUGCCACCAGACUCCCCUGAACCACCAGCCUUAUGCGAUGCCAAUGAAGAAAAAGAAGAAGAGACUCCAGAAUUAUUAUCGGAUGACGUCACCAUUCUGGCGUCUGCUCUUGGAGCCAUUGAGAUCCCUAAACGACAAUUGACAAUGAUAGAGGAAAUUGAAAGAUUGAGUGAAGAGAAUGCCCGAAUCUACCAAGAAAAGCUGGUCCAGCUUAUCGCGCUCCACAAUAUCGACCUGUCCUCCUCCACCGACCCCACGAUCCAACUCACUGGAGCCCUAGAGCACAUAUCAUCAUACACCAAGGAGCAAUCCUCCCGAUUUCUUGCCAUGACCGAAGUCUGGAGACAGAGCAAGGAUCUAGAAGAAAAGGAGGACGCUGAAAAACCAGACGCUGAGAAACCGGAUGCUGAGAAAUACCCCAUGGAGUCGCCACUGGUGGAUACUAUAGCUGGACAUUACGCUAUCUACCAGAUCACCCGUCUUGGCACCAGCUAUCUGACUGCCACACCUGUUCAUGAAAGUCUGAAGAAUAUCGGGAAGGCUCAAAUUGACAGUGACUCAAUAAUUCUGUCGGAUAACGGUUCCUGCUAUCGAAUUGCCAUGACAGACCUGCUGCUCGGCGACACCAUUGCUGUCAAGGAGCUGGGGUUUCAGUUCGGCAAGAAAGUUGUCAAAAAAUUCUUGCUUUUCAAGCGCAAAAUCCUUGAAAAUCAAAUUUUCAAUAUUGGAAGGAAUCUACGCCCAGUGAUUUUGGGAAGUGGAGAGGUUGGAGUGGCGAAGAACCCUCCAUAUACCUCUGGAACCACUCACAUUGUAGAAAUCUUCUUCCCGGUGAACUGGAUGAACCGAAACCGCAAUCUGUACCUGCCAAUCGCCCAGCCUGUGGUCUUGAAAUCUGAAAAAGAGAAAAACUUGAAUAAUGUUGAGCAGUUUUACUUGCAAACCCGGAAUCACAAGUACUCUCCUCAAAAUUUGGAUUACGUAGUCGUCAUGGGAAGUUCUGCAAUCACAGCCACGCGUAUUGGGGCGUUCGACUCGACUCGCUACUCGAUCGACUCCAGCAGAAUCACAUCGGACAAUGGAAUUCUAAAACUUCAUAUCCCCGCUCCUGCCACGUCGAGAACAUGGGUCCCAGGUACCCGGAUCGCCAUCGAAGGUGUCGGUCAAGCUGUGAUCACGUUCUGCCCGGAGAAUAACAAGUUCACUGUGAUUUUCGCAAGACCGAUUGGAAUAUUCAAUUAUGCAAACUUGACCGGUUAUAGAUUGGUCUAUCAAGUUGCUAUGGAGACAACUACACCGAUUCAACAAGGAUUCUUUGAGACAAUGGAGGAUGGGACGAAUGGGAAAAGAAUUAUUCAGGCGUUAUUUGGCGGGUUGGCUAUCGGAGUGGAUGGGAAGGAUCAAGAGAGAUCUGGAUUCAUUUGUCGAGAAGAAAUGAAAGAUGUGCCACUUCCAGAAUGUCAACCUGUCCCCUCAGGUCAGGGGGCCUACCCAAUAACCCUAGACACCUCCCAAUCCACCUACAUCCAACAAAUUGUCACUGGAGCUUUGCCGAUUACUGUAGGUAACUUUCCUAUCCUCUCCGGGAAAACCACUACAGUAGCCAUCGCUGCGUUGGAAUCCGCCAAGGCUCACCCAGGCACUCAGCACCUAGUUUAUGUGCCAGAUGACCAAGGAGCACAGAUUUUGGUUGACCGGUUGCAAUCCGUUCUAGCAGGAGGCGGGUCAAAAGUCAGAGCACUCAGGAUGAUUGGUUUUAAGGACUGGAAGAAUUUGACCCCGAUGGAACGUACCUGUUUGGAUUACCCGGUGUUGUUGAGAAAAUUCCUCCAGGAUAUCAUUAAUGGGAAGUAUGACCUAGAUGAGGAAACCAGAGAGAGCGCGAAACUUUAUUAUGGAAAAGAGACCGAUGAGGAUACCUUCUGGCUCAAUCUCUACUUCUCCUUGGUCUCCCCUCAAAUUAUCAUUGGGAAAUUUGAUUCCAUUUUUCUCAACUCCAACCUCCUGAAGCUCCUCGAUAAGGUCACAACCAUCCAACUCGACGACGCCGACCGAAUCCCACAACACGAUAUUGUGCAGGCCUGCAUACAGUACCCUCACGCGACGUAUGGCUUGAUGGGAGAUCCAGUGAAAGACCGUCCAUGGCAUCUUUCCAUGAGUGGCUUCCAAGCGAGUGCAGCGAUCGGUUGGCUAGUGGAGAUAUCGGUGAACUGGAAGUUGUUCCCGAUAGUGACGUCGAAUAAUGUCUAUGGGGGUGUCAAUAAGAAAAUUGUUGAUGUCAUUGGAAAGGUUUAUUAUAAGGAUAGACAACUCGCUGGGCGAAGUCACAGCUCAGUGACACCUGCUGUAAAAAUUUUAAAUCACCACAUGCCGGGGGAUACCCAAGCGAAGUACGCCAGAGAACUCGAGCAACUGGUCAAGUUGGUCAAGAAACUCACAGGCGACCGUCCCCCAUCGGAGAUCGGAGUCCUCUGCUUCACCCACAAACAACUUCCAAUGCUCCAUCAGGCAUUCAGGAACUCCGGAGUCCAUUAUGGACACUAUGAAGCAUUCCAAGGGAUCCAAAAAGAAAUUGUGAUCAUCUGGGGUGGAUUUCAUAGUGUCAAGGAGACCGGAUUGACCAUGAACGUUUCCACGUUCAUGCUGACUCGUGGUAAACAGGUGGUCUAUAUUUUGGGAAGCACUCAAGAGAUGAAAAACAUGAAGUCGGAUAGGAAUGGUGUCAAAUGGGAUGCUCUGGUGAAAGUGGUAAAAGCGAAUCGAGGAGUGGUGGAUGCGGAGGUGAGUUGGUUACUGUAG